AUGGCUCUUUCUGUUGGCGUCGACCCUUCGACCAUUAGGCAACUUCUUCUUCAGCAUACAUUCCUGCCCCUCAUAUCUUUGCAACUGACACAUAAUGCCGAUUUGAUGUUCCAGCAGGCAUGCCAGAACUCACUGAUUCUGGUGCUUCAGGCGAUCCAGCCCUAUGGAAACAAUGCCAAACACGGCGUCACAGGCCAGGCAUACAAACUCACAAAUACCCAAUUGAUUACGAGGAUGUACGGGCUGUUUCCAGUACGCUUUGAGCCCCUGUUACCAGAGUUGCUUACGGUGCAUAAUCCUUCAGAUUCAAAGCUCACGGGACUAUUCAGUAUCUCAUCGUUGGAGCUCAUCCUUAAGAAAUUGUCUCAGUCACAAGAUGCUUCUCAAAAGAAUCCCUUUUCCGACUUGUACUUGAACAUGUUUCGUCGUGUGAUCACCUCAAACAAGGUAGUUCUGUUUGAUACAUUGAACCAUCCUGUUUCACAGAUCUUUGUCAUUGAUUUCGAGAACGACUCCAUCGAAGUGCUCCGCCAGAUGAUCGUGGAGUUCCGGAACUUCACUUUCCCCAAAUAUUUCCAGAUGUCCGAUCUUCUAGUGCAUGUAUUUAUCUUGUACAAUGCCAACGUUUCCAGCGAGUCAGAAGUUGCAAAGUUUCAGAACGAUAUCCGCACCAAUCUCACGGUGACGUCUACAGCCGUGCCAAUGUCUCUGUCUGAAGCAGAUACCCAAUUUGUCCGCGUUGCUUAUGACAAUGUAACCAUAGACUGUGAGGUCCAGAAAAUGUCUUUCCAGCAAGGAAAAGCGACACAGGAAGGUGAUGAGGACGAUCUUCAAAUCCCAAGGGAGUUGGACAUAACUCUCCGAGGCAGCAUCUUCGAGUACAUUUCAAAGUUUCUCAUUCCUCAUAUGGAGCGAAAGAUCCGAACAUGGGAUGACCUGAUUCUCUCACCCAAGAAAUCCAUCGCCAGCCAGUUCUUCUCUGUGUCAAGGAAGCUUUUUAAGAGCUCGGGAGAGCUGGUCUCACAGGCACACUCUGUGGAGUCAUAUAAUUCAGUGCAUAACUAUUAUCACCGAUCGUCGCCCGAACAGUCGAUCAGAAAACUUGCAGAUUGGUCUUUGAUGCUCAAAGACUUCAAGUACGCUUAUUCGACUUACGAUCUUAUAAAAAAGGACUAUACUAAUGACAAAGCCUGGGUGUACGUUGCAGCAACCCAGGAAAUGUGCAUCAUUUCUCUCCUACUUGCGCAAACUCAACCAUUGGCAUCAGACACGCUACCACAACCUCCAGACAAGAACACCCUCCGGAAAAUCAGACACGACAUCAUCGAACCAUACAUAGACAAUUUGUCGUACACGUUCAAGUCGCGGUUCAAUGUGAAAACGUACGCUAUCAAGUCGUAUUUGGUGGUCGCCGAACUUCUCCUCAACAUGAGCAUCAUGUUUAAUAUCCCGUGGUGGUGGAGCGAUCUUAUCGAAAGCUACUAUCUCAAAUGUAUGAUGGAAAUUGAUGCGCAUUUGGCCUCCAUUGGAAAUGGACCACAAGCUAUUAAGGCAGUUCUCUAUGAGCGCAUUGGUUACUCCAUUGGACAAUUUUCUUACGUGCCCUAUGGUUACCGCAACCUUUUAGCCUCGGCUUUCGAAACGGAAGAAAAUGAGAAUAAGGAAAUGGAGAAAGAAAAAGAUGGCACAUAUGUGAAUGUACUGAAGAUCUUACCACCGAAAGAUAAUGCCAUCAAGGGCCUCACCAGGUUCCGCAAGCGUUCCUUGUGGUACAUUCUAUCCAUGCGGGAAUGGUUAAAGCUCGAGAACCUGCAGCAGGUGAAGAGUCUUGUCGAUGAUGGUGUCCUCCAAUUCAACAUGAAAGAGACCACUGGCGAGUGGUACGACCGACAUGAUCUCAUUUUGGCUACUAUCAGGGCCAGCAUCGGAGAGUGA